GACGCCCGCAAGUACACAUAUGCGCAGCCUUUUGCCGCAGUCAUAAAAUAAUCAAGCAAAGGCAAGAACUGAACGAACAGACGAAAAGCGACGAGGAGAGGAGAGGAGAAGAGGAGAGGAGUAGCUGCUGCUAAAGCAAAGCAGCGACGCGACUGCAACGUCGAAGGCUGCUGACGAAACAUCUCCGCUGGGACACAUAAAGCAAUUAGCAAAGGUUGACAGCACACACUGUCACACACACACACACACACACACACGCGCGCACAUACUGCCAAAGCAAGGCAAGUUAAGAUUUGUGGAGUGUCCAAUGACUGCUAACAUGCGUGCUCUGUCGCAUCCCUGGAUUAUAUUUAGACUAAUUGCGCGUCGGGCAACAACAACAGAAACAGAAACAGCAACAACAAGAACAACAACGCACAAUGCUGCUGCUGCUUCAGCUGCACAGCAGCGGCUGCUGUGAUGAGAGCUGAAGAAGGAAAUGGAGAGGCAGCGACGACAGCAAACAGAAAGCAAAAGCAAAACGAAACGAAACGUACUCGACUCGCCCUGUGAUAUAACUGCACCGUAGUUGUAAACGUUUAAAUCGUAGCUCAUAGUUAUCGUUAUCGUUAUCGAUUAUAUUAGCUUAAGCUAAACAGAACGGGAACUUCGCAACACUUGAUUAACGCUGCUCGUGCACCCAAAAUAUAAUAUAUAUAUAUAUAUAUAUAUAUUUAAGCGUAUAUAUAGUAUAUAUACAAUUAGUAAAUACACCCUCUCUGCCUGCCUCACACGCGACACACACACACACACACACACACACACGUGAAUUUGAAAUACUUUGCUGCGCCGCCAGACCUUGCGCCAUUUUGUAUAGCCGAAAACCGGAAACGGAAAUCGAGAAAUUCGGUACGCCAAUAAGCGCCUCGCAAAAUACCGUUAAAAGCCACAGCAUGGGAGAUGAAGAGAAACGCACCGGCAAAGAGAAGCUGCUCUUCUAUACGACGGCAUUUUUCAUACUUCUCGGCACGUUCAGCCUGUUUGCGUUUCUGUUUCUGGUGCCGUUCGUGAUCGAGCCGGCGUUCACCACGAUCUUUAUGCAGUUCGAGGAGGUGCCGGCCUUGUGCGAGACGUACGACACGGAGAUCUACUUCGGCGCUAAGAACUGCUCGUGGUCGUCGUGCCGUGAGGGCUGCACCAAGGACAUCUAUACGUGCACACAGAUUCGCGUUAAUUAUCGCCUCAAUUUGUACAAUUUCACGGACGAGUUCAAUUUUACGGAGUAUCACAUCAAUUUGCGCGAAGCGGAACGCGUUGUGCCGCCCGUAAAGCGUACGGAUCGCUACGAGCGUGCACUACGGGAUUACGAGUACGAUAAUCUGGGCGCCGGCGAUGCCAAUACCAUAGACAUGGACUUGGAUAUGGGCGCCGGCGCCGGCGCCGGUUCAAUGGCCACCGGCCAUUUCGAGCAGCUCAAUUUCGGGGAUGCCGACGGCUCCAAUGGCUUUCUGAUCGAGGAUUCGGACGAUGGCGCGGGCACGCUCAUCAACAGCGAACGACGGCCCUUCGAUGAGAUCUCCGAACUGAACGAGGGCCUCAUGGGCAACAAUUCCAUAUACUAUUAUGUGGGCGCCCGGCUGUUUCCCAAUGUCAAGGGCUGCGGCUAUCCGCCAAUGCUGAACUGCACCAUUUGGCUGAAACGCUAUACGAAGAUUGGCAUCAAGUUUCCGUGCUACUACUCGAAGGUGGAUCCCAGUUUGGUCAUCAGCGAUCUGGACUAUUGGCAGAACACGCUGAAUCUGGUCUACUCCAUGGCCAUACCCAUACCAUCGUUCAUCAUUUCGGUCAUCUAUCUGACGUACGCGUACUUUAAGAUCUACAACGAGGACGAGGAGACGGCGCCGCUCGACAAGAAUGCCGAGGACAUGGACAUCGAUGAUAUCGAUGCCGUCGAUGAUAGCGACGGCGCCGUCUUGGCGGACAAUGCCGCCGGCAGCCAGAUUGUCAACAUGGACUCGACCACGAACGACAGCUGCCUGGAGGGCGUGCUGCCCAACGGUGGUCCCGGCAUGACCAGGUGCAUAUCGCAGGGUGGCUCCAUCACCACAUCCGGCCACUAUAUAGCCCAGUCGCCGGCGGGCUCACAAAUGACGCCCAAUUCGGAGAUCAAUUCGUUUGGGCAUCAGCUGAAAGUCCAAAUGGCCGACGAGUUGUCCAGAGAUUCGCUCGAGAAUGGCGUGCUGUCCACGUCGAAUUCGGUGCAGGGAAACUUGAGCAAGACGAUGACGACGAGUAUCUCAACUCCACCUGGGCCGACGGCGGCAGUCUGAAACGUCAGGCGCAUGGUCUGGAGAAUGUUAGAUUCCGAUUCGGAAAAUGAACCGUUGCUGGAAUCCUAAGGAGCAGCGAGCAGCAUGAAGCGGAAACGGAAACGGAAACCGAAGUAUUUCUACCCUAAAACAAUCGAUAACAACGCAUGCGAAUGCGAAACGAACCUGAAUACCUUCAGAGCUGUUAGAGACACUUAAAACUAUGAUAGAUUAUAUAUAAAUACAUAUAUUUAGCUUAACACACACAAACACACACACACACACACAGUCACAUAAUAUUACGAUAGAUGAGAUUAAGCUUAACUCAUUCAGUUUCAAAAUUACAGCAAGAAAAUAUAGUUCUACAUAUGAAAAUCGCUAAGGACGCUGGAGAACCGGAUACGGAUGGGCGAGUGUUACUUUAAUUGGUACAAAUACAAUAAAAACAACAACAUGAGGAGGUGGGAAACAGAAAACACUUAAGUCUAUAUACCUAAAGCAAAUUAAAAAAAAAAAAAUGAAAAACUUAUACACCAUAACAUAUACAAAUAUUUACUUGAAUUAUUUUUCUAUUCGCAAGAAACGAGAGCUCGUCUCAAGCGUCUCGCAUACCAAAAGGCAACAAAAUAAUAAAUAUAAAUAAAACUUACAAAAAAAAAACGUAUAAAAACUUAUUUACAAGUCAAU